AUACCCCCUGGUGCUCUAGUCAUGCUUACGCCCCUUAUUGUUGGGACUUUCUUUGGUGUGGAGACCCUAUCUGGAGUACUCGCCGGCGCUCUCGUUUCUGGUGUUCAGAUCGCCAUCUCUGCAUCAAACACAGGCGGUGCUUGGGACAAUGCCAAGAAAUACAUCGAGGCCGGCGCAUCAGAGCAUGCUAGGACUCUGGGUCCUAAGGGGUCGGACCCUCACAAGGCGGCCGUCAUUGGAGACACCAUUGGUGACCCUCUAAAGGACACUUCUGGCCCUUCUCUUAAUAUCCUGAUCAAGCUGAUGGCCGUCGAAUCUCUCGUCUUUGCGCCCUUCUUCGCCACUCACGGCGGUCUCCUUUUCAAGAUCUUCUGAUAUAAUUGAGGAUCAUGUCACGGCUCUAUAUCUCUGGUUCAGUUUCAGUUCUGUUGUCUGAUUGAGCUCAUCUCGGUUAUAGGUCAUGCAAAAAGUUUUCCCCUACCAAGUUUUAGAUGCAUAAAUACUGUAAUUUGCUGUUAAUUAUUCAGUCGGUCAUGUUCUCUUGGUCGUCGUCCUACUUCUCGAAUGUUUUGUUUGGAGUGUUUGCAGCUUGAUUAGCUUGAUUGUUGGUUUCAUCUUGUUUUUACUUCAACCUUAGUGAGAAAAGUUUUAUGAUC